AUGGACGCGUUAUUCAUGCCGCUGGCUAACGCCGUCGGUGCCAGUGUGGACCAAAUAAAGCUUAUUUCAUGUCUGCUUAUUGCCUACCCUCUCGCGAGCAUUUUUGUCCGGAUUCCGAGCUCCCAACCGGCCCUCAGACACUUGUACAGCAUCGUCGUCGCCCUCCUGUUCUUCUUCCCGGUGCUGCAGAUAUACUCUGCAUUCUUUCAACUGUUGGGCAGUAUUUUGGCGACGUACUUUGUGACCAAGUAUGAUAAGAGCUCGAGAAUGCCAUGGGUUGUGUUUACGAUCGUUAUGGGACACCUAACAGUCAACCAUGUAAUCCGUGCCAUCUACGGAUUCAGCUACGAGACCAUGGAGGUUACCGGUCCCCAGAUGGUUCUCACCAUGAAGUUGACCACCUUUGCCUGGAACGUAUACGACGGACGCCGCAAGGAAGAGGAGUUGGACAAAUGGCAGCUUUCGAAGCGCAUUACCCAAUACCCUUCUCUUCUUGAAUUCCUUGGAUACUCAUUCUACUUCCCAGGAAUCCUUGUCGGGCCCUACCUCGAUUAUCCUGAGUACAUGGAACUCAUCAACGAGACCAUGUUCCAGCACGCCCACGUCAAAGCAGCUCUCAAGGACGGCCACAGGCUUCCUCCCGGCCGUAAACGCGCUGCUUACACCAAAAUGUUCAUGGGCCUUGUCUACCUUGGUGCAUUCGUCCUUCUUGGACCAACCUACAAUUUCUCUGUUGCCUUGAAACCAGGAUUCACUGAUAUGCCUUUGUGGAAGCGUAUCCUCGUCUUCCAAUUGGGUGGCCCCAUUGAGCGUGCCAAAUAUUAUGCUAUCUGGACCCUAACAGAAGGUGCCAGUGUGCUCACUGGGCUAGGAUUCACUGACUUUGGUCUCCAUGGCAAACCCAACUGGGACAGGGCAGCAAAUGUCAAAGUGUGGACUAUUGAGUUCCCGAGCAACUUCAAGGUGCUCUUGGACGCAUGGAACAUGAAGACAAACGUGUGGCUAAGGGAGUGCGUAUACAAGCGUGUCACCCCCAAGGGUAAAAAGCCAGGCAAUCUCAGCCAGAUGAUCACAUUCUUCACCAGUGCUUUCUGGCACGGCAUUGCAAGUGGAUACUAUCUCACUUUCAUAAUGGGAGGCUUCAUCACAGCCGCUGCCCGACAGGCACGCGCUAACUUCCGCCCUCUCCUCGUUCCACCCACCGCCCCCAAUACUCCUCCUCCCCCGCCCACGCUGAUCAAGCGCAUCUAUGAUAUCGGCUCUAUCGCACUCUCCGCUAUGAUACUCAACUACUCUGCAUCGGCCUUCAUAAUCCUAUCAGGCCGCGAUUCGAUCACAACAUGGAAGGCUCUGGGUUGGUACGGGCACAUCAUCAUCUUUGGAAGUUUGAUAUUCUUCUACGCUGGUGGCACGGCGUACUUCAGGAAGCUCCAGAAGAAGAAGGGCGUUCUCCCUCCUCCUAGGAGCGCGAAAAAGCCCGCUGAGAAUGGUAACGGGAGCGCAACAGGUACCCCUGUUUCGGAAAAGAACUUUGUCUUGCCACCUUCUGUGGACAAGUUCGUGCCUCCUCCUCAGUGA